CUACACCUCUAAUAUCACUUUACUUCUGCAUUAUAAAUCAAACAAUUAUGAAAAAUCAGUUUCAUGAAUUAACACUUGAGGAAUUUCUUGAAGAGAUAACUAGACAAGAACAAAGUUUUUUCAAGAAAAAAGCAGCUGAAUCUGAGAAAUCUUAUGUUACGGAAAUGUUUGGUGAGCUUUAUUUUAGAGAAAAUCCUGAGUCAUCUAUAAGUCACCUUUUUCCUCCAAUGCCAAAUCCUUCUUCUCCUAAUAAUGAAAAUGCUAAUAAAGCAUCCAUUUCAGAAGCUGAGUUUGAGAAAAUUAGAAUAAGUGAGAAGCUCCCAAAUGGUGACAUUGCUCUGCAUGUGAAUGAGAUGCAAAUAGGAAAAGGAGGAGAGAAUAAUCAAAAGCUUAAUUAGAAGGAGAAAGAAUAUGGUAAGAAUGUGGAGUAUAAUGUAGCUGUAAAAUAAAUGAACUCAAUGUUCUUGGUUUAAUGGAGUCAAUGUGAUGCAUGUUUGUAUCUAUGGAUUCGUAAGUUAAAUUAAAUAAACAUCUUUAAUUAUAUGAUAUCUUUAUUAGUUAACUUGCUUAUUAUGAACUGGAAUGAAGAUGAGUUAAGUAAUUGUCGAUC